AUGGCACCUGUCUAUCACGGCCAGUGGUCUUUCGACAGGGACACAUUCUACGUCACUUCCUCUUGCGGCCAUAUCCACCCGCGCGCGACAUACUCGGAGCUAGAUGAUAUUUUCAGUGCACCAUUGGGCGACACACGGAACAGAGCCGACCAUGAAGACCACUGGUACGAAGCCCAACUUCUCCAUUUUGGACUACCGCCGACAAAAAGCAAAGCGACAGCCAAGAUGAGAUUGAUGGAUGCCUUCCAGGACGAGACAUUAGAUAUUCCGCCGGAGAUCCUCCAAAUAGAAGCAAUCCUGGCAAGGAGCUGGAUCAAACAAGACCUGGAGGCCCGUAUCUUGGGUCCUUCAAUGCAACCUCCAAUCAAUCCUGCCAUCGCGAGGGCUAUGGCGACCAACACCACUGGAUUUGGCACUACCCAAGGGCCGGCGGGUCAUGAAGAAGGAAAAGUGUUCGGUGCAGGUGUCGCCGGUGGAACCGGUAUGCAAGGCAAUGUGCGAUCCCAGCAAAACAAGAUGCAACAACCCUACGCUCACACAAAGAAAAGGAAACACAGCAAUGGGGAUCCAUCCACCCGCCCGAUGAAGACUGCCAGAUGUCGGGGUGAAACUGGUGGAGCCGACUUGCAAGUACAGAUCCAAGUUAACCCGAACGGUGAGGACUUCUAUCAGAGAUCAACAGAUAUUGCAAACUCAGUGGGAAGCGGACGCGGACACCCGGCUCUGGACAGAGAAUUGCAGCAAAUUGCAUAUCAAACCAUGCCUCUAUCACAACAAACUACCUCUGAAAUGGGAACGCAAAUCCCUCCACCCGGGCUAAUGGACACCGACGGUGCAAAUGACUAUUGUGGAUACGGGUACAAGCCAGCGAUGCUUAAGGUUGGAUGGAGCUUCAGCGACAGAGAUGCAGUGGCCAAGGUAUGA